UUAAAGGGAUAUUCAGUGCUUUCAGAUUUAAUGUUUGGCUAUUCAGCAGCAGAUUCAGACAGGCAGAGAGGGUCAGUGAGGAGCUAAGCGCCUCUUAGUCUGCAAGUGCUUUGGAUUUCUUUGUGGCACAUUUCAUUUUACACUUGGUUGAAUGAAAAUGGCGAGAAAAUAUUGCCUGCUGUUUAUGGCCCUAGUAUUUUGUAUCAUUCAUACUGGGAGCCUCUUCCAGUCCACACUGGUGCUGGACAUGGCCAAGCUUCUGUUGGAUAAUUAUUGCUUUCCUGAAAACCUGGUGGGGAUGCAAGAAGCCAUUGAACAAGCUAUCAAGAGUGGUGAGAUCUUGGACAUCUCAGAUCCCAAACUUUUGGCAACUGUACUGACAGCUGGGGUGCAAGGUGCCCUGAAUGACCCACGGUUGGUUAUCUCUUAUGAGCCGUCAGCAACUUCUGCCUCCAAGCAAAAAAGUGAGGUUUCUCCAACACCAGAGCAACUCUCGGAUCUUAUUGAACAUGUAGUGAAGUCUGAGGUACUGGAUGGCAAUGUGGGCUACUUAAGGAUUGACUACAUCAUUGGCCAAGAAAUUGUGGAACAAAAAGGCACUUUCCUGGUAGAACAUGUGUGGGAGUCCUUGAGGGGAACAUCAGCUCUGAUACUAGAUCUGCGUUACAACACUGGAGGAAAGGUCUCGGGCAUCCCAUUUAUCAUCUCCUACUUGUACAAUGGUGCCAAGGUGCUGCAUGUGGACACUGUAUACAACCGACUCUCCAACACUACUGUAGAAAUCUGGACCUUACCGAAGGUGCUAGGUGUAAGGUACAACAAAGACAAAGAUGUCAUAUUACUAACAAGCCAAUACACCACUGGGGUGGCUGAAGAUGUAGCCUACAUCCUCAAGCAUAUGCAAAGGGCCAUAAUUGUGGGAGAGAAAUCAGCAGGAGGCUCCUUGGACAUCCAGAAGCUGCAAAUUGGUACUUCUAAUUUCUACAUUACAAUUCCUGUAUCACGUUCUGUGAGCCCUUUAAGUGGCAGUGGACAAAGCUGGGAAGUUGGUGGGGUGAUGCCUUGUGUAGCCACCUCAGCAGAGGAAGCUCUGGAUAAAGCCCUAGCCAUUAUUUCACUACGGAAAACUAUUCCUAACAGUAUCGGCUGCCUGAUGGACAUCCUGAAGAACAACUAUUCCAUGGUAGAGCGGGUGCCCACACUGCUGCAGCACCUUUCCACUUUUGACUACUCUUCCAUUCUCUCAGCAAAGGGCCUGGCUACCAAGCUCAAUACUGAACUGCAGACCAUUUCUGAAGACCCACGCCUUUUGGUGCGAGUCGCCAAAUCAGGUGAGACUGUCUCUACACCAGUCGAGGAGCGGGUUGCCAUGGCUACUGACCUGCCUGACAAUGAGCAGCUCAUGCGAGCACUAGUAGACACUGUGUUCAAAGUGUCAGUCCUACCAGGCAAUGUAGGUUACAUGCGCUUUGAUGAGUUUGCUGAUGCAACAGUACUGGUCAAGCUAGGGCCCUACAUUGUGCAUCAAGUCUGGGAGCCACUUCAAGGAACUGACAAUUUAAUCAUGGACCUGCGACACAAUCCUGGUGGCCCGUCUUCAAGUGCUGUACCAAUCUUGCUUUCCUACUUCCAAGACCCUUCUGCUGAACCAGUGCACCUCUUCAGCACCUAUGAUAGACACACAAACCAGACCCAGCACUACAGCAGCAGGGCGGAAAUGCUAGGCAAGCCCUAUGGGGCACAACGUGGCAUCUAUCUACUCACCAGCCACCACACAGCCACAGCAGCUGAGGAGUUUGCCUACCUCAUGCAGUCCCUUGGCCGUGCCACCCUGGUUGGUGAGAUCACUGCAGGCAGCCUGUCCCACACCCAUACCUUCUGCAUCUUGCAUUCAGAGGAGGGAGUAGAUUGUUUACUCCUUAUCAAUGUGCCAGUCAUUGCCUUCAUUGACAACCAUGGGGAGUGUUGGCUUGGUGGUGGGGUGGUGCCUGAUGUCAUUGUGCUGGCAGAUGAGGCUCUGGAGAAGGCACAAGAAGUGUUGGAAUUUCAUAAGGGCAUGGGAGCACUUGUUGAGAGGGUUGGACAGUUGCUUGAGGCUCACUAUGCCAUCCCAGAAAUGGCCAGAAGAGUCAAUGGCAUGUUAAAUUUCAAGCUGGCCCAAGGUGGAUAUCGCAUAGCAGUGGACUUUGAGACCCUUGCUUCUCAGCUGACCAGUGACCUUCAAGAGGCCUCUGGAGAUCACCAGCUACACAUCUUCCAUAGCCAUAUAGAGCCGCCUUCUGAGGAGCAGCCUCCUGGCAAGACUCCCAGCCCCGAGGAGCUGAGUUAUAUAAUUGAAGCACUCUUCAAAGUAGAAGUGUUGCCAGGCAAUGUGGGAUACUUGCGCUUUGAUAUGAUGGCUGAGGUAGAGACAGUGAAAAUGAUUGGGACACAACUGCUACACAUGGUUUGGGACAAGCUAGUAGGAACAGAUGCUAUGAUCAUUGACAUGCGCUACAACACAGGCAGCUACUCCACUGCAGUGCCCAUCUUCUGCUCCUACUUCUUCGAUGCCGAGCCCCAGCAGCACCUCUACACAAUCUUUGACCGCAGUAACUCUCUCAGUACUGACGUGUGGACCUUGCCCCAUGUGACAGGUAAGCGUUAUGGCUCAACCAAAGAUGUCUACAUCCUGAUUAGCCAUGUAAGUGGCUCAGCUGCUGAAGCCUUUACUCGCUCUAUGAAAGACCUACAUCGGGCCACAGUAAUUGGAGAGCCUACUGUAGGUGGUUCCCUUUCUGCAAGUAUUUACCAUAUAGAGAGCAGCCCACUGUAUGCCUCCAUCCCUAGCCAGGUUGUGCUCAGUCCAGUAACUGGCAAAGUAUGGAGCUUAUCUGGGGUAGAGCCACAUGUCACCACCCCAGCUAUGGAGGCCAUGGAUUCUGCACAGAACAUUAUUGCCUUGCGCAGCAAGCUGCCCAAUGUGCUACAGACACUGAGCAAGCUGGUGGCUGACAACUAUGCCUUUGUCGAUAUUGGGGCUGCAGUGGCAUCCAAACUUGCUUACCUUGCCAACAAAGAAACAUACAGGAAGAUCAAUAGUGAGGUGGAACUUGCUGAAAAAGUAGCAGCUGACCUAAAUGCUCUUUCUGGAGACGUGCACCUAAAGAUAAAUCAUAUCCCCGAGCAUUCCAAGGACCACAUCCCAGGGACCAUACCUAUGCAGAUACCUCCAGAAAUGUUUGAGGAUCUCAUUAAGUCAUCUUUCCACACCAAGGUGUUUGAGAACAAUGUUGGUUACCUGCGAUUUGAUAUGUUUGGGGACUGUAAGCUUUUGUCCCAAGUCUCUGAGCUGCUAGUGGAACUUGUCUGGAAGAAGAUUGUCCACACGGAUGCAUUAAUCAUAGACAUGAGAUACAAUGUAGGAGGCCCUAUGUCCUCCGUAGCAGUUCUGUGUUCCUAUUUUUUUGAUGAAGGACAUCCGACUCUUCUGGACAAAGUCUACAACAGACCAAAUGAUACGACCAGUGAAAUUUGGACCCAUUUACAGCUUACAGGUAUGAGGUAUGGCUCCAAUAAAGGUCUAAUCAUUCUCACCAGCUCUGUGACUGCCGGGGCUGCUGAAGAGUUUGUGUUCAUCAUGAAGAGACUGGGGAGAGCCUUCAUCAUUGGACAGAGGACCAGUGGGGGUUGCUACCUAUCCCAAACAUAUAAUGUGAAUGGCACCAACCUCUAUAUCACCAUCCCAACUUCCAGAUCUGUAAUCUCAAUUGACGGCAGCUGGGAGGGUGUGGGCAUCAGUCCUCACAUGGAAGUUCCCGCUGAGGUGGCACUCAUCAAAGCCAAAGAAAUACUCAGUGCACAUCUCCACAGUUCUGCCUAGACUAAAGGGAUAAAGACAGGGCCUAGUCACAGGGAAAGGCACGAGGAAGGAAUCAGGAAGGAAGAAUACCCUGCUGUUUUCACUGAGAAG